AUAGUUUUAUUCAACCUGCAACUAUACCAUUAUAAACACCAACAUACACCACCUCCUUCCCUCCGCCUCCGCCACCGCCGCCGCUGCCACCUGGCUAUAAAACACGAGAACUCAAAUUUAGCUCGUAUGAAAAUCUUAUCAUGCACUACCAUCACUAACAAAAAUAAAAAAACAUGUUAAAUAUACCCACCACUCUCUCUGAAAUUUGCCUUACUCUUUUCCGAUUAGCCAUCUCCACCGCUGACCCAUGGCCGUUUUCUUGAACCUCACCAUUCUCUAACAAAACCCCGUUUAUCUCUUAUAUUAACUCUAAAUUUAUUGUUACAGUCAUGACCAAGAUAAAAGGCUUCAGGAUUGGAAAACGGUUAAUCCGGAUCUCCAGAUGGAUCUUCCGGCGGACCCGAAAUAUACGGAGCUAUGAUAAGCUAUGCACGUCAGGAAAAUCUUGCAGCAGGCUUAAGCCCAUCACGAAGCUUAUUAACUGGGGUCGCCGUUUAACAACCGGAGCAAAGUCACUCUGCUAUGCAAAACCCAAGUCGGGUUAUAUCCAUAUCGGGGAGGAACCAACCGAUAAAAAACCGGCGACGGUUCCGAAAGGGCACAUGGCGGUUUACGUGGGUCAAAAAGAUGGGGAUUUUCAUAGGGUAUUAGUGCCGGUUUUCUACUUUAAUCAUCCUCUGUUCGGUGAGUUAUUGAGAGAAGCAGAGAAAGAAUACGGGUUCCAUCAGCCGGGUGGGAUUACGAUUCCUUGCGGGUAUUCGGAGUUUGAGAGAGUCCAGACCCGUAUUGCUGCAGGGUCGGGUGGACGUCAGCUGACGUGGAAAAGAAACCAUUAUUAUGAGUGUGAUAGUGGUAGGUUAUUAUGAGAUGAUGACGAUAAUUUGAUAGUUAUGUUUAGAUUUUUUUAAUUGAGAAUAGAUUCUGCUUUUGUUUUCUUGUUUCUCUUUAAUUUAGUGAGUUAAUUUAUGUGGUGUAAUGGAUUCUGUAGUUGUAAAUAUAGUUUGGUUCGAUGCCGAUGAUUAUACAAAUUUUAUAAUAUUUAGAUUUA